AUGGGAUUCUUAUCAAAUCCCUAUUUCCUGGACGAUGUACUCAAAUUUCUGAAUGCAGAGGAUUUGGACAACAUGAUGAAAGUGAGUUCAAGGACGAGGAAUGCAGUGAACAGAAUGAAAGAUCGGCCCAAGAAGUGCUCUAUGAAAUUGUUGUACAUAACUAACGAUGUUGUGGAAAGCUACGAACCCUUAUGGUCUCUGAAGCAAAGUGAAUGCAAAGGUAGGACCGAUUGCUCACAUAAAGUGAGUUCCCGGUAGAUUCAAAUUUUGUUCGCCCAUGAGGCUCAACCACGGGUUUCGCUCACAACGAAUUUUUUCCUCACUGUGCGAAACCCGCAAAUUUUGAAAGGUGGGCAUAACUCUUGCCACUGUAUUGUUUAGAACAAAAUUUGAAUCUACAGGGGAAAAAAUUGAAUCUACCCACCCCCUUACAUGGCUUGCUGUCUUAGGUGUCCCAAGUCUUUCAUUUCCAUUAAAGGCCCUCAAAAUGGCUCCAAAGUUGGAUUGCGCCGAAACUAUUGUUCUCGAUGGCCUUCGGAUCAAGGGACGGGAUGCUGAAGAGCUUUCGAAAGUCCUCAGGUCCCAAACCAAAGCUCAGACCAUCUUCUUUACACCCCGAAAUCGUCGAAGAGAAAAGGUGCCCGAAUUCACCCUCUUGGAUCAUUUGAAACCCAAAGUAAUCAUUGUUAAGAACUUUUUGGAGGAGGAAAGUCAUGUCAAAGAAUGUUUGGAAAACCUUAAAAAACAGGUGAAUGAUGUCAAGGUUGCAAGGUUUGAGAAAUAUUAUACGUGGUCUCACAUGAUCAAGAACGAACUUCUCUAUGCAUACUGGUAUUAUAAGAACCCCGAUCCAUUUACCGUACACGUUCGACUCUGGAAGCCCUUUUAA